AUGGCCGAGGCCGUCUUCCGAGAGACCGCCAAACGAAACGGCAAGGCGGACCAGUUCAAUAUCAUCGAUUCCUGUGGAACCUCAGGUUUCCAUAUUGGUGACCACCCCGACACCAGAACCCUGGAGGUGUGCAACCGAAACAACGUGCCCAUCAAACACGAGGGCCGGGCUCUGUCUGAGAGCGACUUCUACACCUUCGACUACAUUUUUGCCAUGGACAACUCGAACCUGGCCAACAUCAACCGACUCAAGCCCAAGGACUCCAAGGCUGUUGUGUCGCUAAUUGGUGCCCACCGAGAGGACAUGUCUUUCCCUGAAAUUGUGGAUGAUCCUUACUACGGCGGAAAGUCUGGGUUCCAGCGAGCCUAUGAGCAGCUGACCCACUUUUCUGAGGUGUUCCUGAAGCGUCUUGACGAAAAAUAG